UUCAGUGUAAGAACAGAGCAGUGGUAGCAACAAGGAAUGAAGUAUUCAAAGUUACUGAAGAAGUAGCAACUAGCACAGUUCAACUUGAGUACAGGCGCAAGAGGAUUCUACUUUUUGGUUUCAAGAUCUGGAAGUCUUAAACUAAGCAUCAUGUGUGGCUCACUCGUAGGCUGUCAGGGCAUUUUACGCCUCCUGGAAAUAAUCUUCAGCGCUUUAUCUUUCGUCAUCGUGAUCUUCAGAGGCAGGAUGGUGAGUCCAUGGGGCGUGUGGUGUGAGUUUGUCUGGGUUUUCUGCAUCACUGUGCCCCUGGUCCUGACUGUGAUGGAGGCCAGAAUGUUGCACAUCCUGCUGGCUGCCCUCCUCCCCAACUGGGCUGACCUGACCUGCGGGCUGACCAUCCUGUGUGCUGUGAUGAUCAGCUCUGCCACACUGAUCUUUGCAGCUGUUUUCGUCUGCCUCUCCUGCAUCGUCAACAUCUUGUGUUUCAUCUUCUCCCUGGUCGCCGCUGUUGUCUUCCUGAUUGAUGCCGUAAUGCAAAAAAAGACUUUUCCAAGCGGCUACCUAUCCAGCCUGAGGGGAGUUCUCCGCACAACAGAGGCUUUUAUCGCCUUUGUAAAUGGUGAAUGGGCCUUUCGUCCUUUUGGGAUGAUAUGCUGCAUCAUCGUGUUUGCUGUUUGCCUCCUGGUCACUGUGGUCAUCAUAGCUCUCCAUCUUCUCAAACUACUGCAGUGUCUCCUCACAUUUGGGUUCAGUAUGAUGGAGUUUGUGUUCAACAUCGCCGCAGUGCUGUUGUACCUGCUUGCUGUCAUUCUUUGGCCUGUCUUCGGUUACAGACGCUACAAUUACAAUCCUUACAUCUGUUUUCACAAGUGUUCCUAUGCAGACGUUAACACUGUUACCAUUGGAGCCGUUGUCAACCUUGUCCUUUACAUUGUAGACCUGGUUUUAUCCUUCAAAUCUCGCUAG